UGGUGUUGGAUAAUUCUAGAAGAGCGUCAGUGAGACUUCAGUUCUAGCGCUACUGACCGCACAGGGCCCGAGUUUGACUAUCAGAGCUCAUUUAACUAACUCUCAGCGGAUUUACAAAGACCUCUCCCUCAGCGUUCAUCUGAAUUUAGUAAUAAAUAAGUCAAAGAUGUUGUCCGCGGCGAGAACAGCAGCGAGGAGUGUGUCGCGCUCUCAGAAAUCCUGCAGCAGUGUGUCUGAUCUCAUGAAGAAGGCUUGUUGGAGUGGCCUGUCUCAGCAGACUCUCCAGACGGUGUCCAGACGUCAUUAUGCGUCGGAGGCGAUCAGAGGCGCUGUCAUCGGCAUUGAUCUGGGAACCACCAACUCCUGCGUGGCUGUGAUGGAGGGAAAACAAGCGAAGGUCCUGGAGAACGCGGAGGGAGCGAGGACGACGCCGUCAGUGGUGGCCUUCACAGCUGAUGGAGAGCGACUCGUGGGAAUGCCGGCCAAACGCCAGGCUGUCACCAACCCCAACAACACGCUCUACGCCACGAAACGCCUGAUCGGACGCCGCUACGACGACCCUGAAGUUCAGAAAGAUCUGAAGAACGUGCCGUAUAAGAUCGUGCGAGCGUCUAACGGAGACGCCUGGCUGGAGGCUCACGGUAAACUGUACUCUCCCAGUCAGUCCGGGGCCUUUAUCCUCAUGAAGAUGAAGGAGACCGCAGAGAGCUACCUGGGUCACGCGGUGAAGAACGCUGUUAUCACCGUACCUGCUUACUUCAACGACUCCCAGAGACAGGCGACGAAGGACGCCGGACAGAUUGCGGGUUUGAAUGUGCUGCGUGUGAUUAAUGAGCCGACUGCUGCUGCUUUAGCCUACGGCCUGGACAAGACUCAGGACAAAAUAAUUGCGGUCUAUGAUCUGGGCGGCGGGACGUUCGAUAUCUCGGUCCUGGAGAUCCAGAAGGGUGUUUUCGAGGUGAAAUCCACCAAUGGAGACACGUUCUUGGGCGGAGAAGAUUUCGACCAGCAUCUUCUCAGACACAUAGUGAAGGAGUUCAGGAGAGAGUCUGGAGUGGAUCUGACCAAAGACAACAUGGCGCUGCAGCGAGUGCGAGAGGCGGCUGAGAAGGCCAAGUGUGAGCUGUCCUCCGCUCUGCAGACGGACAUCAACCUGCCGUACCUGACGAUGGACGCCUCUGGCCCCAAACACCUGAACAUAAAGCUGAGCCGCUCUCAGUUUGAGGGCAUCGUGGCGGAUCUGAUCCGCAGGACCGUGGCUCCCUGUCAGAAGGCCUUGCAGGACGCAGAGGUCUCCAAGAGUGACAUCGGAGAAGUGCUGCUGGUGGGAGGAAUGAGCCGCAUGCCGAAGGUCCAGCAGACGGUCCAGGAUCUGUUCGGCCGCGCUCCCAGUAAGUCUGUGAACCCCGACGAAGCCGUGGCCAUCGGAGCGGCCAUCCAGGGAGGCGUUCUGGCCGGAGACGUGACCGACGUGCUGCUGCUGGACGUCACGCCUCUGUCUCUCGGCAUCGAGACGCUGGGAGGAGUCUUCACCAAACUCAUCAACAGAAACACUACCAUCCCCACCAAGAAGAGCCAGGUGUUCUCCACCGCCGCUGAUGGACAGACUCAGGUGGAGAUCAAGGUUUGUCAGGGAGAGCGAGAGAUGGCCACAGACAACAAGGUUCUGGGACAGUUCACCCUGGUCGGCAUCCCUCCGGCUCCUCGUGGAGUCCCGCAGAUUGAAGUCACCUUUGAUAUCGACGCUAACGGGAUCGUUCACGUCUCCGCUAAAGACAAGGGCACCGGCCGAGAACAGCAGAUUGUCAUCCAGUCGUCUGGUGGCCUCAGCAAAGACGACAUUGAAAACAUGAUCAAGAACGCUGAGAAGUACGCAGAGGAGGACCGGAGACGGAAGGAUCGUGUGGAAGCGGUGAACACGGCCGAGGGCAUCGUGCACGACACCGAGUCAAAGAUGGAGGAGUUCAAGGAUCAGCUGCCGGCCGAAGAGUGUGACAAACUGAAGGAGGAGGUGGCUAAAGUACGAGAGCUGCUCUCGCGGAAGGACACGGAGACGGGAGAAAACAUCAAACAAGCCGCCACGAACCUGCAGCAGGCCUCGCUCAAGCUCUUCGAGAUGGCGUACAAGAAGAUGGCGUCGGAGCGGGAAGGCGGCUCGGGGUCGGGCUCGGGCUCCGGAGGAGAGACCGGAGAGAAGAAGGAGGGCCAGCAGUGAAGACGGAGCGCUGGAGUGUGUUUGGACUGAAUGAGUUUCCUCAGCAGCAUACUCACCUUACUCUCACACACACUGUGCUUCUAGCAGUACAUUCUACAAAACUAUUGUCCUGGCUCCUCAUCCCCUCCCUUAAUGUCUACAAGUUCAAACUGAGUUAUUGUGUCCGCUGAGAAUAAUCAGCGUCAGUCUUGAAGUGUGUUUGAUUUGGGUUUAAGAUGAUCUUAGACACGACUCCAGCCAUUCAGACAUGCAUUCCUGCCUGAUGCCUGUUAAAGAUGUGAUUUAAUGCCUUGAAUUUUUUUGGAAACGAAUGAGGCCGAAUGUCUGGCUGAACGGCUUCAGGAUGUCUAUAAGUAUUUAUAAUAUCAGGACUUCCUUGUUUCAAGACACUGUUUUAUUUUUAAAUGAUAUAUAUCUGUUCAGUCCAUCGGUUCUGCUUAAAUCGCUCAUUUUGUAAGCUUGUGCAUGUGUGUGAGCUGAGAGGACGAAACUAUGAAUGAUAAACUCCAUAAUAGAAGAAUAUCUGAUGUGGAAUUGAUAGUUCAGUCUAAUUGUCAUAUUUUUCCUGUUGUAAUUUGCUGAUCAUACCAGCAUUGUGAAUCAGGAGCGCACUUCUACAGCGGUGUCCAGAGCAGAUUCUAGAGAUGAUGAAGCAGACGGGAGGAACGGAGACCUCUGACCUGCCUUCACUGGGGACUUCUGCUCGUUUUAUUUAAAUCAGUGAUGUGUUGCUGUUAUGGACGACUCUGAAAGUGAAUUACGUUCUGUCUGUUGGUCUCAUAACGGCACAAUAUAAUGCAGCCCAUCUGCUCUGUUUUUCUACACACGGCUUUCUGGUUCAUUACAGAAGAAUAACCGCAGUAGCUCUGUACAAAGGCUGAUGUCUGUUGAAAUUGUUAAAUGUUCAUUAUGGAAUUGAAUGAUUUAAUAGGUCUAAAGAAAGUAAUAUUCCAGUGCAGUCUUUUAUAAUAAAAUAGUUUGAACUCA